AUGGCUACAGCAAGAGUGGUCGUCAUGGAGGCGGCGGAUAUGGGUCCUUUCCCUGGUACGGAGGCGGCGGCGGCGGCGGCGGUGGCCACGGAUCCUACAAGUCGUACAUCGCCAUCGCCGACAAGUACCUCGACCACAAUGAUGGCCAGCGCUGUGAUUCGAAGAACCUGGGCGCAGGAGGCGACUGCCAAUCAGAUGCGCGUCAUCUUUGUCCUUGGACGGCCACGCAGUGAGUCGCCCACUGAACAGGCCAAGUUGAAGGCAGAGGGGGACAAGUACAAUGACAUUAUGCAGUUUGGUUUUGAGGAUUCGUACUACAAUUUAACGCUCAAGGUGAUCGGUGAGUUAAAGUGGGCAGAGAGGCACUGCAACAGCAGUCGGUACAUCGUCAAGGCUGACGAUGAUGCCAUUCUCAAUGUGAGAAUGCUCAGUCAGCUGGUGCAAAACUCCAAGAUUCCAUCGGGUUUCACCGGCAUGAGUUAUCACACACCGGCGUACCGUCGACCGGGCUACAAGUGGUACAUGCCCCAGCGCUUCUACACCCAGAACAGCUACCAGUUUCUCCUUGGCUUCAGUUACAUUCUCUCUACCGACAAGGUGACGCCUUUGCUGGAGACGCUGGCCGCCUACACUGAACCGGUUCUCGACAUCGACGACGUCUUUGUAACAGGCGUGCUCGCAGACAGAGCGAAGAUCAAGCGGCAUAAUAGCUCUCGCUUUCGCUUCUACUGCGGUCUGGACAGCUGCGUUCUGGAGACCAGUCUGGCCGUCACCUGCAGUGAUGGCCGCCUCACCGAGCGAAUGUACCAGUCCUGGAAGAACGCUAACAUUGAACGAUGCUAUGCAAACUAUGGCUUUGCUAGAGACUCUACAUUUGUUCCAAGAGGCUUCUAG